AAUUUGUCUAAGACAAGAAAGAAGAGGCCUCAAGACUAAAGAUGCAUUCUCAGUUUAUAGACCUUUGAGCAGAGGCCUCUCUCCAGAGUGUCAGGACAGAGAAAAGUCACAAAACAGCAAAUUUCCUAAGAGCAGCAGAAAAUGAUCAAGUCACAGAUAUCGUUUGAGGAUGUGGCUGUGGAUUUCACGGUGGAGGAGUGGCAGCUACUUAAUCCUACUCAAAAGAACUUGUACAGAGAUGUGAUGUUGGAGAACUAUAGCAAUUUAGUUUUCUUGGGUUAUCAAAUUAUCAGACCGGAUGUGAUUUUCAAGUUGGAGCAAAAAGAGCCAUGGAUAGUAGGUGGAGAAAUCCUAAGUCAAAACUUUUCAGAAGUCUGGCUAGAUAAUAAUUCCAAAAUGUGGCAUCAAGAUAAUCAAGACAAGCUUAAAAGUAUGCAGAGAGGCCAUGAAUAUGAUCUUUUGGGAAAAAUAUUUAAUUCAAGCAUAAACUUUUUUCAUUUAGGAAUGAGACCCCAUAAGUGUGGCACAGGUGAAAAAAGUUUGAAACAUCCUUUUGAUUUUUUUAUUCCAAAAAAUAAUUGUGGAAGAAAGGAAUUUGAUGAGCUCAAUAAGAAAUUGUUAUUCUAUAUCAAACCUGACAGAACCCAUGGUGGAAUAAAAUACUGUAAUUGCAAUAAGUGUAGAAAAGCUGGCUGCAAAGAGUCAUGGCUCAUUACCAGUCCUAUGACACAUGCAGGAGUUUAUUUAUGCAUGGAAUGUGACAAAGUUUUUAACAAGAAGUCACAGCUUAUCAUCCACCGGAGAACACACACAGGAGAGAAGCCCUUCCGGUGCAAUGAGUGUGAGAAGGCCUUCUCACAGAGGUCACUGCUUACUCUCCAUCAAAGGACUCAUUCAGGAGAAAAACCAUACGUCUGUGAUGAGUGUCAGAAAGCCUUCAGUAGGAAGUCACUGCUCAUUUUACAUCAGAGAACUCACACUGGAGAGAGGCCCUAUGAAUGCAGCGACUGUGGGAAAGCCUUCAGCAGGAAGUCACAGCUCAAAAGACAUCAGAUAACCCAUACAAUAGAGAAACCCUACGGUUGCAGUGAUUGUGGGAAAACUUUCUCCCAGAAAUUAAAACUCAUUACACAUCAGAGAGUGCAUACAGGAGAGAAACCCUAUAAAUGUAGCGAUUGUGGAAAAGCCUUCUUUUGGAAGUCACAGCUUAUUACUCACCAGAGGAUUCACACAGGGAAGAAACCUUAUGUAUGUAGUGAGUGUAAAAAAGCCUUCAGCAGGAACUCACUCCUCAUUAGACAUCAGAGGAUUCAUACGGGAGAGAAGCCCUAUGGAUGCAGUGAGUGUGGCGAGGCCUUCAUCAGGAAACCACAGCUCAUUAAACAUCAGAUAACUCACACGGGAGAGAAGAACUACCGAUGUAGUGGUUGUGAAGAGGCCUUCUUUAAGAAGUCAGAGCUAAUAAGACAUCAAAAAAUUCAUUUAGGAGAUAAGCCCUAUGGAUGUGUUGAAUGUGGAAAAACCUUCUUUGGGAAGUCACAGCUCCUAACACAUCAGAGAACUCACACUGGGGAGAAACCUUAUGAGUGCACUGAGUGUGGGAAAGCCUUCACCCAGAAGUCAAGCCUGAUAUCACAUCAGAGAACACACACAGGCGAGAAGCCCUAUGAAUGCAAUGAAUGCCAGAAAACCUUCAGUGAGAAGUCAAGUCUCAUUCAUCAUCAGAGGACCCACACUGGAGAAAAGCCCUUUGAGUGCAAUGAAUGUAGGAAGGCUUUUGCCUGGAAGCCACAGCUCCUUAGGCAUCAGAGAAUCCACACAGGGGAGAAGCCCUAUGAAUGCAGCGAAUGUGGGAAAGCCUUUGUUCAGAAAGUGCAGCUCAUUAAGCAUCAAAGAAAUCACACAGGAGAGAAAACCUAUGGAUGCAGUGAUUGUGCAAAAGCAUUUUUUGAGAAGGCACAGCUCAUUAUCCAUCGGAGAAUUCAUACAGGAGAGAGACCCUAUCAAUGUGGUGAAUGUGGGAAGUCUUUCACUAGAAAGUCACACCUAAUGAGGCAUCAGAGAAUUCAUACAGGAGAUAAGUAUUAUGGGUGCAGUGAAUGUGGGACCACCUUCAACAGGAAGUCACAGCUCAUGAUACAUCAGAGAAAUCACAUGAUAUAGAAGCCAUAUGAGUGCAGCAAAUGUGGAAAGCCUGCUAACAGAUGUCAUACCUUCUCACACUUCUCAGGACACACAUAUGAGAGAAACCCUACUGAGGCAAUGACUGUUUAAAAAAAAAAAAAACACC